AUGGCCGACACCCCAAUAACAACAGAAACGGCACUGUUUCCUGCGGAACUGCUAAGCAUAUCACCUAUCAUCGUACAAGAGCCGAGCAAGCCAGCGGUGCUCCCGGAGGUAACUACGGGCACAUCCGAGCGAUACAUCCAAGGUCUUGCAAGCGCUGUAUCGCGGGCCUCGGCCACAGACCCCCUGACAGUCAUGUUCCAGGGGGAGAAGCUACCUCCAGGACAGACAACCAAGGAUGUCGAUCUCGCCACCAUGCAGCGCAUCGUAUACGAUUCGGCUAUCACACGGCUCACGGCUAAGAUAGCUGCAGGCGGGUUUGUGGUAGAAGCUGGUGGUUUUGCGGCAGUAGCAUGCUGGGAGCCGGGGCGAGCGGGCGAUCCGCACCGUAUGGAUGUGUCGACGGCGGCAGUGUCAGGGAAGAGGCCGCUGUUUAAGGCAUUUGUGGAUAGAGUCACGGAGCUAAUGCGUGUGCAUCUGUAUCCUAUUGCGGAGCGCGUGAGUGCCGGCCGGUAUUGGAAGUUGAGCCUUAUGGCGAGGGAUCCGGCGGUGGAGUAUGUACCAGGGGCUGUUCGGGCGGUGCUAGUCCCCUUCAUGGAGAGGUUCACUUCAGACCAAAACGAAGGCGGCGCUAUGCCUGUGUGGCUAGAAGCUGGCAACGAACGGGCUCGUGAUAUCUACGCCCACUUUGGCUUCCGGGAGGUGGGUGAGAUAAUUACGGGAGGAGUUAAGACUUGGGGCAUGAUAUACACAGGAAAUAUUAAUGUUGAGAAGAUAGAUACGAAGACCGGUUUCUAGUCUUACUCAGCCUUAUUCUCAAGGAGCUAACAGAACCCCCA